AUGACGUCAUCAGAUAUUGAUAUUCAAAAGUUAUUAGAGUGUUCAAUAUGUUGUGAUUAUCUUCAGGAAGUUCGUGAAACACCCUGUUGUCAUAUUUUACUUUGUCAUUCGUGUUUAACAUCAUGGUGUAAGAGUUCAGGCUCGAAUGCCAGUUGUCCUGGAUGUCGUACAAUACUCAGUACGAAUCAGUGCAAAGAAAAUAUUCCGAUUCAACGUUUUGUCGACAGUAUGCCAUUUGAUUGUCCAUAUAAAAUCGAUGGAUGUUCAGCUCGGAUACCACGCUCAGAAUUAGAAAAACAUAAAAAAUUAUGUGAACAUCAUCCGACAAAUCUCAAAAAUGCACAAAAGACAAAGUUAACAAAAUUAAAUCAAACAAGAGAUAUGUUAGCUAAACGAUAUGACGAAUAUAAAUCGAUGAAACAACAAAAACAAAAGCAAACUGUUCGUAAACCUCUUGCAACUGAAUUAUAUGAUCUUGCCAAAAAAUUUCGUAUUGAAUGUGAAUAUAAACUGGCUCAAAAAUCGAUUCAAGAGUGUCUGGAUGUUAUGGGAAAUGACAAAGAACUUGAAGAAUUAAAUAUGAAUGCUAAAAUAGAAGCAGCAACUAUUGAAAAAUUCCUUGGGCAAUAUGAUAAAUCUCUUCAAUUAUACGCCGACGCAUUGAUGUUGGCAAAGACAAAAGUGGAAUUAAAACAAACGGUUGUCGAAUUACAAAUGGAACAAGGACAUAUUUACGUGAAAAUGGGAAAGUAUAAUGCGGCAAAUCAAGCGUAUGAAAAUGCUCUAACGACGACAAAUGAAUUUGACGAUAGACAAACAAAUAAAAUAUUAGAUAAAGCUCAAAUAUUGAAUGCAAUGGGAAUAGUGGCAAAAAAAUGUUCAGAGUAUGACAAAGCUAUUAAAGCGUAUACAGAAGCAAUGAAUAUAGUUGAUGAACAAUCGUCAUUAUGGUCUGAAAUUGUGUCAAAUUUAGCUGAUGUUCAUCGUAAAAAGGGAUCAUAUAAGGAGGCACGUGAUUUAUAUGUUCAUUCAUUGAAACAAAUGGAAGCGUUGCACGGUAGUAGUCAUCCACAAAUUGCCGAUAUUUACAAUAAUUUGGCUAUGUUAGCCAAGAAAGAAGGAAAAUAUUUGGAAGCUCUGGGAUACUUGAAAACUGCCUUAAAAAUAGGAAAACAUUUUUAUGGUGCACAACAUCCAUCGAUUGGAAUGUAUUUAACAAACAUGGGUGAUAUUUACAGAAAACAAGGAGACUAUACAAAAGCAGAAGUUAUCUAUAAAGAAGCCAUUUCAACACUAGAAAAAGCAUUAGGUCGAGAUCAUGUCGAAGUAGCUGAAGUUUUAAACUCAAUGGGUUUAGUACUGAAGAAAAGAGCAGAUUAUGCUGGUGCUGAAGAAUUGUACAAACGUGCCAUUUCAAUUAUUCAAUUAACGUUUGGAAAUCAAGAACAUUACAAACUGGGAAUUUAUUUAAAUAAUCUAGGUGAUUUAGACAGAAAACGAAAUAGAUUUGACUCAGCAUUAUCAACUUAUGAACGUGCUUUAAAAUCGAUUGAAAAAACACUGGGAGCAGAACAUUCGGAAGCAGCAGAAAUCAUGCACAACAUUGGGCUAGUUAAACAUCAAUUAGGUGAUUACAGCGAAGCUUGCAAACUGUACGAGUCUGCCAUGGCUAUAAUAAAACAAGAGUUUGGAGAUAAACACUACAAGUAUGGAAUGUAUAUCAACUCGAUGGGUUUGAGUUUAGCUAUGAUGGAUGAUUACUCCCGCGCAUAUGAUGCUAUGAAACAAUCAUUACAAAUAUUACUUCAAACAUUGGGUCGUGAUCAUAUUGAAGUGUGUGAUGUUUACGCAAGUUUGGGCGACGUUUGCAUGAAAUUGGUGGCAGAAGGUAAAGAAAAAGAAAAACAAACAAAAUUAGACGAAGCAAAGAAAUAUUAUACGGAAUCAUUGAGAAUCGUACAGGGAACGUUUGGCGAAGAACAUACAAAGACGAGACAAUUUCAAUCACUCUUGUAUAUCGUUGACAACUAUAUGGAAUUAGCAUUUAUGGGAACAGGAUAA